AUGCCGGAGGGCACGCCGACGGCGUUUCCGACGGGCCGCUUCGCGCCGGUGUCGACCCGCGACGAACCCCCGACGCAGCCGACGACGCCCGCCGAGGCCGACCGAACGUCCGCGUCGCCCUCGAUCGGGUCGUGGACGCGCGGGAGGAAGACCAUCGCGGUGGUCUCCGAGGAGGAGCCCGGCGCGAGUGACGAGGACGGCGACGACGGCGACGACUCCUUCGACGACAGCGCCAAGGGCGACACGCCCGAGAAGCCAACCGCCGCGACCGUCGGCAUCCCGCGCGACCCGCCCCAACCCUCGCACGUGCACGUGGUCGUCGUAUCGUGCAAAGGCCUGAGGGGCGCGGACUUCACCGGGUACUCCGACCCGUUCGUCGAGGUUGGCGCAUUCGGCGCGACCAAAAAUCGCAGAUUCAGGACCAAGCCGUGCCGACAGACGCUGAACCCGUCGUGGAACACGAACGAGGCCAGGUUCCUGGUGGCGUGCGACGCUUCAUCUUCCGACGGCGGCGGCGGCGCCACGCCGUUCCAGGGCCUGGUGUUCUCCGUCUUCGACAAGGACCUGGGAUCCUCGUCGCAGUUCCUGGGCGGCGCCACCAUCGCGGCAAAGGACGUGCCCUCGCGCGGGCGAUGGAUGGAGACGGAACUGACGCUGACGCGUUCACACCCCGCCGGCGCCAUCGCCGAAGCCGAGACGGACGCGAAGGCGGCGGGCAAGUACGCAAUCGACCCGGGGGGGGGCAAAGGGGGGAAGGACGGUUCGACCGAUCUGGGCGCGUUGAAAGUUCGCGUCGCGUUCGCGGACGAUUUGCUCGACGCGAUCGAUCGACCCCAGGGAGUGCGGGGUUUCUCCCCAUCCCCAUCGAUCGAUCGACGAGCUCAGGGCGUCUCCCCAUCCCCAUCCGUGCCAGUCGCGCGAUCGCUACCGCGGAUGACGUCGGGUGGGAAGUCGGUAAAGUCCGACGGUACGGUUCCGAGUGUACGCGAGGGUAAGUUUACGCACGACGUCGCGACGGCGUCGGGUCUGAAGACGCGUCGCGUGCACGUGUGCGUCGUCGCCGGCAAGCACCUGGUCUCCGCGGAUGAGAACGGGUUAUCCGAUCCGUACGUCCACGUGGCGCUCGAUAACUCGCCGGCGAGCGUGUUUAACUCGCGAUCGAACCGCACCAAGACGGCGAGACGGACGCUGAACCCGGUGUGGGGCGGUGGCCGAGGCGAGACGUUCACGUUUGUCAGGGCGCCGGGCGCGGCGGAGGUUCAGCUGCGCGUCUGGGACGCCGACGGAGGGUUACAGAGGUCGCAGUUCCUCGGCAUCGCGACGGUACCCCUGUUCGAGGCGCCCGCGGACGGGUCGUGGUCCGAAAACCUGACGGUGUCGUUGUUUCCCGACGGUCCGAGCCAGGAGGCGCGGCACAGCGGGCAGUGCAUGGGGCACCUCGUCGUUCGCGUCGCCGCCGCGUCGCCGUCGCCAAAGACGAAAGCGGCGGGGGUCGUCGGUUCGAUUCCCGGCGGGGGCGAAGAGUUGGAGUUUUGGCCCGACCCGCGCGUGCCGCCCCCCGCGCCCGACGCGGGCCCCUACGUCAACAAGGUGACCAGCUCCACGUUUGUGUACUUUCAGAUCUGCGGCACCCGCGACCUCCCCACGUACAGGCGGGGUCCCGAGGAGACCACGAACGUCAAGGCGACCGUCGCGCUCAACAGCGACAGGCACGUGCAUCACACCGCCGUGCAGGCGGAGGUGCUCAAGGACGCGGUGUGGAUGCCCGAGGUUUGUUCGUUUCCGCGAAACCCCAACAGCUCGACGGUCACCGUGCGGGUCUACGGCAACCUGACCAAGCUCUGGGACCCGACGGUGAUGACGGACAUGGCCCGGGACGUGACGAUGGGGCUGGUCGACCGCGGCGCCGACGGCGAUAAGAAGAAUGGCAAGAAGAAGUCAUCGCGGUACUCGCAGUCCAAGGCUAAGACGACGCGGGGGGUGAGCCGCUGGGCCCGGGGGUUCGGCCCGGACCUCAACAAGAAGCACUUCGCGCUCGGCACCCUCAUAGGCGAGGUGAAGAUCCCGGUCGCGGCGUUAACCCCGGGCGAUACCGUGGACCCGCGGUGGCUUCCCAUCGCGCCCGUGCGCUCCGAUGACGACAAGGUCCCUAGCUGGCUCGCGCCCUACGGCGACAGACUCGGCGAGAUUUGCGUCGCCGCGGGGGCGGGUUUCCUGCGCGAGGCCCCGACGGACCUCGUGAACCCGUCGGAUCACUGGGUGUUACCCACGCUCGGGGAGCUGGAGGUGAGGGUGCUCGAGGUGGUGGGGGAUCCGCCCCCUAAGGACAUCGCGAGCUCCUGGUUCGGUUGGGGUAAACACGAGGAUUCGGUCACCGGCGCGGGAAGCGCCGAGACGGAGAACAUGCUGGCGUCCGGUGACGUCAGCGUGCAGCUCCUGUGGGAGGGCCGCGCCGAGAAGGUGGCGACUCCGCACGAGCACCGCAGCUUCGGCGUCACGGACCCGGCGUCCGAGCUGAGGGUCCUCGUCCUGGCGGAGGGGCCGCUCGCGUUGGACGAGGUGCUGUUGGGCGCGGCGGUGCUGCCGGUCCGCGACGUCAUCGACGCCUCGCGCGUAAACGCAGACCGGGACGACGACCGGCCGGCCGGGCGGGUCGAGACGUGGUUGGACGUCAUCGGCCCGCACAGGACGCUCCGGUCGUCGGACAUGUCCGACGUGAACUUCCGGAUGAGGGUUACCAGGGAGCGAAGGCCUCGGGGGUGGCGCGGGCAAGUCCGCGUCAGCGUCGGGCUCGUUCCCAAGCGGGCCAUGCACCGCUGGUACCUGCGGCAGGUGGCCAGGCCCCGCGGGGAGGCGUACGUGGACGACACGUUCAAAGGGGUGGUGGCGUCGGCGGAGAGAUUGGUCACCGCUUUGCUCGCGCCCGUCACCGCGCCGCUCGCCGCGAUGGCGCACACUCUCUCGGGGCGUUCGCCGGGACUCAACAACGCGUGGAUCGCGUGGCACACCGCGCUGUGCCUGUGCGCUCGGAGGCACGUGCUGUGGGCGUUUUUCCCCCUGUGGUGCGCGAGCGGGGCGUGUUUCGUGGGGUACGCGUGCGCCCUGGCGAGGGACGCGUGCGACGUUCCGGGGAUGUACACGGGCCGCAGGGUGUUGCGGACCAUGUCGGUCCGCGAGGGUCACGUCUCGGAGCGGCGUUCGGCGUCGUCGUCGUCGUCGGCGACGGGGGCGGCGGCGGGGGCGGCGGGGGUCAGUGGGCGGUGGGACGCGUCGGCGGCAUCGAGCAGCCCGGUUUCAAACGGCGCCUCGGUUUCAAACAGCCCGGUUUCGAACGGCGGCUCGGUUUCGAAAGGCUCCGGGAGCUGGUCGAGGAGGUUCGGGUCGGUGGGUUCCAGCUGGUCGAGGAGGUUCGGAUCGUCCCGUUCGAGUUCGAGUCGGACCGACGACGGCUCGGCACGGGGGGUAUCCGUCAAGGACCAAAAGACGCUACGGAAGAAACUGAUCGAGGAGGAGGAGAGGGAUCUGGAAGAGGAGGAGCGCGGGAUCUUCGGAGACGAAUCCGGACUCCAGGUUGUCGACGCCGGAGCCUUCGCACCAUCCGGGUUUGGCUCCGACGUUCUUCACGCGACGCCGCUGAAGGGCAUGGGGAUGAAAGUCGCGGGGAACCGCGUGGAAUCCGACCUGGAACUGUGCAGGCUACGCGUGCAGAGGUGGCUGAAGGAGCUCCGCAGGUUACGCGCCAAGGUGACGCGAGAGCUCGCCGACGAGGAACGCGUCGAGGCGCUCAGGGCGAAGGGCCAGAGCACCAAAGCCGCGCUCCAGCUGAUCCGCAGGGCGGACGCGGCGGCCGGAAGGAAACGCGACAAGCGCCGUUCUCGGCGCGGCAAGGACGACGAUCUAGACGAUCACCACGACGACGCGUACGGGCUGCUGCUCAAGCGCAUGCCGUUCGCCGGCAUCGUCAAGAUGUUCUCGUCCACCAACCCUGCGGAACUCAUCGUCCGGCUGCUGCAGCAGCUCACGUGGACGUUGCUGCUGCUGCUCAAGGCCAUCGGGGUGACGCUCUUCGGUAGCGUGGUGAGCCUCGGGAAGGUGCACAGGGCGCUCGCGGGACCGUGCCGCGCCAUAUGCGCGGCGAUCGACCCUUGGAACGAUCGCCUCGAGGCGCUCGGAGGCGUCCUCUCCUUCCGCGACGGCAACCUGUCCUAUUACGCGUGCGCGGCGGUGACGUCAGUCGCGGCGGCUUGGUCCGCGGCGCUGUACCUCGUAGUUGCGCCCGCGUGGACCUUACUGGACGCGCACAGUCCCGUGAGGCUGUGGCAUCUCGCGUGGAUCGCGGGCGUCGCCCCGUGCGUUCCCGCGGUGAGUCGCGCGGCGUUGAUGAAAAUCGUCGUCGCGAUGGAGCGAGUUCAACAAAACGCGUUGGGAGGCUUACGGGUGCAGCCCAUCUCGUUGGCGAGCAUCCAGGCGCUGGAACGCACGCUCGAGGAGGAGUUCAUCGAGUGCGGCGGUACGUGGGACGGGGUGGAGCGGGCGAUGCGGGACGAGAUGGUAGCGCAGACGACGGAGGCGCGCCGACGAGCCGAGGCGGCGGCGGCGCUCACACGCGGGGAAACUCGAGACGGCGCGGGGAUGAACCCGCUGCGUUGGCUCGCGCACGCCGCGGCGCGCGCGCCGACGAGGCUCGACCACGAGCAUCACAGGCUGCUGAGGCUGGUCAACGUCCCCGCGCGUCCCCGCCGGCUCACGCGCUGA